AUGCAGGUCAAGGAGCUGGGGGAGUCGCUCUCGCGACACGGGGCCAAGAUCUCCCGACAUCAAUACCGCCUCUUUGCCGCCGUCGCCGCCGCCCUCAUGGUGCUCAUCGUCGUCUGGACGCUUCACGGAUCCGCCUUGGACACAUUCAACCUACGCCCAGCUCACGAGGCCAGCCACGGCCAGGCCCCGCCGACGACCGAUGUGCACGACGAGGCCGACGCCCAUUUCCAAGGCACCGAGGAGGAUAACGACGAGGCGCUGAAGCACGGCGUAGGAGACGAUGCGCAUCACGAUAUCCCUCACAUCGACCAUAUCCCCGAGAACGUCACGGUCGUCCCGGAGCUGAUCAAGAUCCCUAAGAGGAUCUGGCAGAUCGGACUGCCCAAGAGCCCGCUGGAUACCGAGUCUCACAUCGACCCCAAGGGCCUCCAGGAUACCCCUACAUGGCUGGCCUUGAACCCAGACUACGAGUACACCAUCGUAGGCAAAGCCGGCGGCGAAGAACUCCUCGACACGCACUACGCCGACCAGCCGAAGGUCCGCGAGAUCUACCACGGCCUCGCCAACGUGGGCAUGAAGUCGGACCUCCUGCGCUACCUGAUCCUCGAGACCAUCGGGGGCACCUACACCGACACGGACACCAUCGCCCUCCGGCCCAUCGACCGCUGGGUCCCGCCGCAGUUCGAGGGCAAGGUCGGCCUCAUCGUCGGUAUCGAGUUCGACCAGCGCGACAACGGGCCCUGGGCCGACAUCCUGCACCCCCUCCAGUUCUGCCAGUGGACCAUCGCCGCCGCGCCGGGACACCCCGUCUUCCGCAGGAUGAUCGACCGCGUCCUCUGGUCCGUCCAGAAGAUGGCCGUCGAGCACCAGUCCCCCGUCUCGCUCCUCAUGCCCAGCAGCACCGAGGUCAUGAACUCGACGGGACCCGCCGCCUGGACCGACGUCGUCUUCGACCAGCUCAAGGAGUUCGACCCGUCGCUCAACUCGGUCCGCGACCUGGCGUACAUGACGGAGCCGAGGCUGAUUGGCGACGUGCUCGUGCUGACGAUUGACGGCUUCGGGAUGGGGCAGCCUCACUCGGCCAGCACCAACGACGGGAGCAUCCCCGAGGCGGCGUUGAUGAGGCACUUGUUCAGGGGGUCUUGGAGAGGUUAA